GACUGGACGAGUGUGACUGUGAGUGACCUGUUAACGCUGGCGAAUGAAUGCUUUGACCUGAUCCCAAUCUCAAGUCAUCGAACAACAAUAUUAAUAAUAAUCACCUUCUUCUUGGAUCUACGACGCUUUGCUCUCGAUCUGCUGACUCGUGCACGCAUAUGAUCAAUAGAUAAUUAGGGCAGCGUUGUGCAACAAUGGUGAUGUGAGUCUGAUAUCGAUUUAUCGGAUCAUGGAGUCAAAAAUGGAUCAGUACGAGAUGAUGGAGCAAAUCGGGCGGGGCGCCUUUGGUGCCGCCAUUCUCGUUAAUCACAAAUUGGAAAAAACCAAAUAUGUUUUGAAGAAGAUUCGUCUUGCUAGACAGACUGAACGCUGCAGAAGAUCUGCCCAUCAAGAGAUGGCUCUAAUUGCCCGGAUUCAGCACCCGUUUAUUGUCGAGUUCAAAGAAGCAUGGGUUGAGAAGGGCUGCUAUGUUUGUAUUGUAACUGGAUACUGUGAAGGUGGUGAUAUGGCUGAAUUGAUGAAAAAGUCACCCGGGCAAUACUUUCCUGAGGAGAAACUCUGCAAGUGGUUUACUCAGAUACUAUUGGCAGUUGAAUAUUUGCAUUCAAAUUAUGUUCUACACAGGGACUUGAAAUGCUCAAACAUUUUCCUUACCAAAGAUCAAGAUGUCCGUCUCGGUGACUUUGGGCUUGCUAAGACUUUGAAGGCUGAUGACUUGGCUUCUUCGGUUGUCGGAACACCAAAUUACAUGUGUCCUGAACUGCUUGCAGAUAUUCCUUAUGGCUUUAAAUCAGAUAUAUGGUCCUUAGGUUGUUGUAUGUAUGAGAUGGCUGCUCACCGCCCAGCAUUUAAAGCUUUUGACAUGGCCGGACUGAUAAGUAAAAUAAACAGAUCGUGUAUUGGUCCUUUGCCUCCUUGUUAUUCUCCAUCCCUAAAAGUCCUCAUCAAAGGAAUGCUCCGUAAGAACCCAGAACAUCGACCCACUGCAUCUGAUAUUUUGAAACACCCAUAUCUGCAACCAUACGUCGACCUGUAUCGCUCUUCAAUUGGUGUUGGUUUCACUUCGCCUUCAAAGCCAAUUGGUAAUGCUCACGAUAUGAGAAAGAGGAGUUCUGAAAGUCAAAGUAGUAACAGUUCUUUCAGUGACAAAGAUAGUGUGAAAUCAAGUGAGAAAAACAUUCAAACUCCGCCUGGUGGUUGCACCUGUGACCAUAAUACAAAUCGGGUUUCCCUCGAAGAAGAUGAUGAUGAUGAUGAUGAUGAUUCAUUUCAAGAAGGUACUGAACAUGAUGAACUCGACAUGAUGCAAGAGGUGGCCGAACCAGUAGUCGAUUAUCAAAGGUCAAAUAGUGGAGGUAAGCAAGUGAAAUCGUUUAAACCAAUCAAGAUGGUUCCGAAAGAAGGUAAAGCUAGGGACCACAGUUCACCAAUGCGAGGGGGCCGUUUAAAGACCGAGUUUGAAACACCAAGUAAACUGCCCAAACCAACUGUAGUAAAUCAUGGGUGGAAGGCGGCUAAUAAUGCUGAAACACCGCCCGAAAAGAGCAGUCUUGAGUCAAGGAGAAGAACUCAGGGCACGACUCCCGUGAAGCAUCAGCUACUACCUGUGAUGGAAUCAUCUUCAAAAACUAAAGGUAGGCCAGAGGGGAUGCCUCCAUGUGGGCCCACUAGAUCCAAUGAAGACGCAAAUCAGAGACUAAAAACCCCACCCACUCUUCUCCGAAGACCGUCAUUCCCCGGAGGACGUAUUAAGCAACCAGCCAUUGGUGUUCCUCCUGAUAGUACUACAACCACCGUAACUAAAAAAGUUGAACCUAAGGACCCGCCUCAGUCUCUCUUACGAAUCCCCACUCACAUUCCUGCUAGGAUUAAAGGUCUUACUGAGUUGAGCCAGACCCCGGAAAUCAAAAACCCUAAUGAGAUUCAGACUGGUGAAACGACGAUAGAUCCGUGUGGGUCGGUUCAGACUCGUAUGAAAACCCCCACUCAGAUUCCUGGAAGGACAAAAGGUCAAAAUGAGAUAAGUCAGACCCCUGAAAUCAAAAGCCCUAAUGAGAUUCAGACUGGUGAAACGACUAUAGGUCUGUGUGGGUCGGUUCAGACUCAUACGAGAAUCCCGAUUCAGAUUCCUGGAAGGACAAAAGGUCCUAACGAGUUAAGUCAGACCCCUGGAAUCAUAAACCCUAGUGAGAUUCCGACAAUUCAGACUCAUGCUGCUCAGAGCAAAUUUGUUUCAAAAAACAUCGAGGAGUCGUGGGUCGGAGUUUCGAAUGGGAAACAGACCGAUGAUAGCUUCAAUUCAGCAGCAAAUCUGACCCAAUCGGAUGUUUCAUUUGUUCAUGUGGGCGUACCUCAUGGAAACUCUCAAACAACUAGGGUGCUUGUUGGUGGUCAAAGUCAAGAUUCAAUAUCAUGCUCAAAUGUAGCCUUGUUCCCAAGGGUAUCUGAGGCAGUUCCCGAAUCAAAUACUGAUUCCAUAUCCAUAUCCAUACCCGCGGGUCAUGAUAAAUUCACUGUAAAAGAAUUUAUUUCACAUGUUGCGGAUAAUACUGCAUCUUCCAAUGUUCCUGUUUCAUCUAGUCGAAUGAAUAAUAUUUUGUCAGACGGGGUGUCGGCGUUACAAAAUCCAACAAUCGAAAAACUUGCUCCUCCACCCUUAGGUGAUAUGAUUCAUCACAGCGGCUUUCUAAUGGGAAACGAGCAUGAGACUGUUGAAAUGAAAACAUUGGCCUCUCCAACAGGAUCUGUAGUACCCUCGGAUCGAUCUGAAAUAACGACUGUCAAAUCCGAUAUUCAAGAUAGUCCUUGCAGUAAAGACGCUGAAACAAAGAAUGGUUUACCGGAAGUGAAGGAAAUUUUGGAUAUAACAUCUACAAGGCAACGGGCAGAAGCACUUGAAGGGCUGCUUGAAUUAUCUGCUGAUUUGCUGCAACAAAACAGGCUACAAGAACUGGCGGUUGUUCUCAGACCCUUUGGCAGAGAUAAAGUUUCCCCGAGAGAGACGGCGAUCUGGUUAGCUAAAAGUCUUAAAGGGAUGAUGGUUGAUGACUCUAAUAGGAAUGUGUGAAAACUCACUGGGCUCUGGAGGAGAAAGGAAGCUUAAACGGGUGAAAACGAGCUAAACUGGUUAAAACCGAACCUCGGAACGAGCUAUAGUUAAUCGAGAAGUUAUACGAAGCGAAAAUCUGGAAAAAAACACCCUGUCGCAUCGCGCGAUAGGGAAUGGAUAGAGCCCUCGUGUGACGCGAGGGGCUUAUUUGACUGGUUGACCUUUUAUUAUUCUCGCGUCACACUAAUAACUAAUACCCUUACGCAACACGAGAGGCC